CCACUGGAUUCCACACCAGCUAACAGAAGCUUCUCCCCGCUGCUUUUAAAGAGACAAGGUCUACUUCAACAGCUUCAAUUUAGCUAUUUCUGUAGAAAAAUUACCAAAACACACUUUGCAGUUCCUGGCUGUACUUGCCAGGAUAAAGGGAAGUUCAUAUUCUGGAAAAGUCUGCUGCUUCUCAUUUGUUCCUGGGGACCUUUCUCCGUGGAGACAAGGGCACUAUUCUAACUGAAGACGUUCACAUCGUGGUCUGUGUUUAAGUUACAUCCCAUUCCUUCAAUACAGAAGAACAACCCAAUGGACUGAUUUGAAUUACUGUGUAGUUAACGGCCAGUGACAAUAUUAAUAAUAACAACGGCUAAGGUACCUGCCAAGAUGCUCCACUUACAGGGUCCACAGAUGCUGCAGAUGCUAGAAAAAUACUUACGGAAGAGCCUCCCUGAGUCCUUAAAGGUUUAUGGGACCACCUUCCACAUAAACCAAGGAAACCCUUUCAAGCUAAAGGCCCUGGUGGACAAGUGGCCUGAUUUUAAUACAGUGGUUAUCCGCCCUCAGGAGCAGGAGAUGACAGAUGACCUUGAUCACUACACCAAUACUUACCAAGUCUACUCCAAGGACCCUAAGAAAUGUCAGGAAUUCCUUGGUUUGCCAGAAGUCAUCAACUGGAAGCAACAUUUGCAGAUUCAAAGUUCACAAUCCAGCCUGGAUGAUGUGAUAAAAAAUCUUGCGGCUAUUAAAUUGGGCAAGGUGAAGCAAACACAGUGCUUUCUCUAUAUGGUCUCUGAGACAGCAAAGAAAUUGGCUACUUCCUUGCUGGAUGAAAAAAACGUAUCACCCAAUGGUGAUAAAUACAAGUCCAUCCAUCAAAAGGUGUUGAAACUCUCAUCCCUGGAUCCUACCCACGCUGCCUUGGUGAAUAAAUUUUGGCAUUUUGGUGGCAAUGAGAGGAGCCAGCGAUUCAUCGAGCGCUGUAUCUGGGCCUUCCCCACCUUCUGCCUGCUGGGGCCUGAGGGGACCCCUGUGUCCUGGGCCCUGAUGGACCAGACAGGAGAGCUGCGGAUGGCAGGCACCAUACCUGAAUACCGGGCCCAGGGCCUCAUCACCUACCUCACCUAUGUCCAGAUUCGGUCUCUAGACAAACUUGGCUUCCCCAUGUAUUCCCAUGUAGAUAGGGCCAAUCACAUCAUGCAAAAACUGAGCUUCAACCUGCAGAGUAUCUCCGUGCCCUGUGACUGGAACCAGUGGAACUUUGUACCUCUGUGAAGCAGCCCUGAACACAAGACAGUGUUGAAUGGACGGGGCAUGUGGCUGGAGGAGCCGAUGGGUGAUGGAGAGAGGGAAUAAACUGUAAUCAAUGGUAA